AUGAUUUGCAUUGAAUGUGGUAGACCAGUCAAUGACGUCUACAAAGAGUUUGGAAAGGCUGGUAGCGGUAAUAUUCGUCUAACUAGAUGUUCUCAUUGCAAUCAAAUAGCAGAUAAAUAUGUAGAGUUUGAUUUCAUUAUAGUAUUUUUAGAUUUAUUUUUACACAAAGCACAAGCAUAUAGACAUUUGUUGUUCAACCGUCAAGAGUAUAGAGAUUUAGUUUUAAUAGUUUAUAUAUUUUUUGAAUCAUUUAUGGCGAUCAUUCUUUCGAGUUUUGGAAAGGGUUUCUUGAUUUUAAUGAUGAUUUGGGACUAUCCAUUUAGUUUUAGUACGAUUCUAAGUAUAUUUGUAUUGACAUCCAAUGUUGUUUCUAUAAAGGGUAAGUUUAGUUGA